AUGGACUCCUCGCCCGGAUCAGGAGCUCCAAAGAGGUCGACCCCUACCGGCGUCCCCGAGUUUAACAAGAAUGGAGCAUCUGCCUCGCCAGGCGCAUCAGAGCGCAAGCCGAACGAAGACCAGACAGGAAGCGACAACCAGCAAGCUCCGUCAGGUCCUGUCUCCAAACGCAGACGUAUGCAAGAAAGCCAACAAAACCGAAAGCGCGGCCGUACACCACCCUCAGUCUUCUCACGCCGUGACCGCUCCCGCAGUCCCCUCAAUGCCUCGUCUCGCGACGGCCCAUCCCGACGAUCUCGAUCUCCCCUGCAACCACGCAGUCCUCCCGCCGAUGACGCUCCCAAGCGCAAGCGACCAGGCGGCGGCGCCCGUAUGGGCAUCGUGGACCGUGAGACGAUGAGACGGAGACAGGAAGAUCGCGACCGCCAAGAAAUGGAAGAUGCAGAGCGGAUGUCCCGAGACCGUGGCGUAUCGGACGUCGUGCGGCAACACUACAAUGCGGUCCCGGAGCGUGGACGGGAGUGGCGCAAGACGGAGAGUAAAAUUAAGGGACUGCGCAGCUUCAACAAUUGGGUGAAGAGUACGUUGAUCCAAAAAUUCUCGCCUGAUGAGGAGUUUGGGGCACGAUUCGACGAUACAAAGGAUUGGGCAGAUGAUAGUAUGGGCCCGCCUCCUAUGGAUGAUAAGAGGCUUCUUGUGCUUGAUCUCGGCUGUGGAAAGGGUGGUGAUCUGGGUAAAUGGCAACUUGCGCCGCAGAAGGUGGAGCUUUAUGUUGGAUUGGACCCGGCCAACAUCUCUAUUGAGCAGGCGCGGGAUCGUUACGCUUCUAUGCGAUCCGGGCGUGGACAGCGGGGUCGACGCCCGCCUGCGCCGUUGUUUCAUGGGGAGUUUCAGACAAAGGAUUGCUUUGGCGAGUCGUUGGGGGAUGUUCGAAUUAUUCAGCAGGUCGGCUUUGAUGCCAAUGCUGGUCCUGGUGGAUCUAUGAUGGCGUCGCGGUGGGGUGGAGGUGGUUUUGAUGUUAUCACGUCCAUGUUUGCGAUCCAUUACGCAUUUGAGAGCGAGGAGAAGACGCGCCAGAUGCUUAGCAAUGUCGCUGGAUGUCUUAAGAAGGGUGGUCGUUUCAUCGGUGUGUGCCCGAACUCGGAUGUGAUCACGAGCCGUGUCAGCGCGUUCCAUGAACAGCGUCGGGGGCACGAGGCUGUCAAACCUGCCCAGUCUGAGGGCCCUGAAGAUGGCGAAGUCGAGGAGGAGGAGAAGUGCGAAUGGGGGAACGAUAUUUAUCGCGUUCGGUUCUCUGGUCCGACUCCUGAAAAUGGUGUCUUCCGCCCGCCAUUUGGAUGGAGAUAUACCUACUUUAUGCGCGAGGCUGUCGAGGAGGUGCCUGAAUAUGUUGUCCCUUGGGAGGCGUUCCGAGCCCUGACCGAGGAUUAUAACCUUGAGCUACAGUACCGCAAGCCUUUCUUGGAUAUUUGGGAAGAUGAGAAGAAUGACCGUGAUUUGGGGCCAUUAAGCGAGCGCAUGGGAGUCCGAGACCGGGCUACAGGUGCUCUGGCUAUGACAGAAGAGGAAAAGGAGGCAGCAAGUUUCUACCAUGCCUUCUGUUUCUACAAGGUCUAA